AUGUGCAUGCAUGCUCGCACGCAGCUAUCCGCUCACUCCCCAUCGGCCGCCGCCCACCGUCCAUCACCCAUCACCCGCCGCCCGCAUGGUCUUCAGGCUGUCUUUGGGGAUGACCUGAAUGGGCGCAGGCCAAAACUUCUCUCUGCCACGAGUGAGCGCAAAUCGGCAGAACAUGUUUCUGAGGUAGGAGAUGUAUCGGUCGCUAGGCGUGAGACGUCGGCGCUUUCUUUCUUCUUGUCUCACCUGGUCUCUUCUGACCCCGACUUGUCUCAACGUGCUUGGAGCCUUCCAUACAAAAGCAACGUCCUCUUCCUUUUCCCACGCCAUGUCAUGAUCUUCAUACCUACACACAUCUUCAGCUUUGUUGACACUCUCUUCGUGCUAGAGUCUCUACUUCACGCCAAACAACAACAACACUUUCCACUCUGCAUCUUCGACAAAAUGCCCAACUCCUUCGCAGACCUGUUCGAGCAUUCCAACAUGUUCCCCGACCCACUGAUGGACAACGUCUCACGAGCAAGCUUCCUCGAUCACAUGUGGACCUUUCAUCUCAUCGACCAGGCCUACCAAAAGUACAGCAACCGCCCAGAUGCUUCUUCCAGCUUCAGCUUCCCCCAACUUGCCCAGAUCACAGCAUACAUCGACCUCAAGCAGAAGAUCCCCAAGGGGACGAACGACUGGGCAGACCAGCUUCGCCGCCGCUUUCCAAGACCCACCGUCAAGCUGGAUCUCGCCCAACAACAUCACCAAAAGCGCCUUGCUCAAACUCAAGAUGCCACCCUGCGAAAAAAGAGCUCUGCGGCGAUCAAGACCAUGUACGAGACCUUUCUCCGAGAUUGCUACGAUUCGGAUUUCUCUGUGAGUGCUUGCUUUCAAAAUUUCCGCAAUGCAUGGGAGCUUGGGAUUGGCUUGGUGGGAGGCUUUUUGGGGACCGACUACCUGAUCCUGAUCCUCAACCGUCUUCCACGGGACUUCGAAGGAAGUCGUAUUCUGACUUUUCUUGGGAUCUUCCUCCGUGGUCACGGACUUCGGCGAGAAGGACGUAAUUCUUCCAAUCAAUCACGAUUUGUUACAUUUUUGUUUUCCCUUUCUUUCCCCGUGAGAACGGAGAUUGUAGGCGAACACAUAAUUUCGGAGACGGGUCCGUCGGUGAUUCCUGAGGAUUUCCGCCAAGACAGGGUCGAACUUCCAAACACCUCAUGCACGCAGUCUGCCACCGACCUGCCUACUUUACAUGAGAAAAGUCGAGCCUCGCGCAGAAAGACAGCGUUGCGAUCAAUUCUGCUGCUGAAAUCGCCUCUACAUCUACCGAGGCAAAGAAGUCCAGUGUUCACACCAGCCUUUCAGGGCACGAAUGAAUUUACGGACCUGCAUGCGGGAUCAAAGGACUCACGAGUUCACCCAGAGCGCAGCCCAUCCCACUCGCAUUUGUCGAUAAAGUCAUGCUUACUAUGCGAAGUGAGGACUUCUUCGGAUGCCCGAACGUAUCAACCUGAAGCACGACUUCUCAUUGAGGACUUCUUCGGAUACCCACAUCAUACGAACGUGUCGGAGCACCGACCUGCAGCACGAAGUAUCAUUGAGCGACGAGCUUCACUGCAGCUGAUCGCAUUCAAGUCGAAGUUUCAACUAUGGCGACGACUUAUUCGGAUGCCUACAUCAUGCGAAUGCGUCGGACGUACCGACCUGCAGCACCCAAUAUCGUCUAAAGUCGACACUAGUCGCUCGUCGGCGAGCGAUCAAGCUUACUGUAGCCAAAAGCAUUCAAGUCGAACUAUGGCCAUCACUCAUUCAUGGCCUAUAAAUCCUUCUCCGUUUCCAUCCCUCUACUUCAUUAGCCGAGAGCCCACCAUGCAUCGAUACCAGGUAGCACUGAUCUACACCAAGGCAUUCGGCUUCAGCGAUGGCAACAACUGCAUCUUCAAGCCCCAGUUCAAGAUCCGAGGAUCUGCAACAGAGGCCAAUGAUGUGUGUCAACGCAAGCAAAGCAAGCACAACACAGGCAACGCCAGAGCAUGGCAGCAAGUCGAGGACAGUUGCUGGGCCAUCUAUCUCGCUACGCAAAGUGGAGACGUAAAAGACAUUCAGCAGAAGAUCCUCAAGCUUGCCACGCUCCUCGCUUGUGGCGUUCACAAGAAGGCGACUCAGAGAGUCAAGCGAGACAUGGAAUAUCACAUUGGCGACGUCUUGGUCCCACGCGUGAUGGAAGCAACUCGAGCCCUGACCGCCGCCUCUGACUCCGGACCUGGCACUGCUCCUCUUCCAGUACAGCCUUCCGGCCUUGAGGAUCAACCAGCUGUCGGUGAUAGGGACUGGCAGAUGUUUGGAGUUGCAGUUUCUCGCGAGGAAAUUGAUCCAAUUGAAGUGUCAUCCAACGAGCCCGCAGUCAAUUUCGGUGCUGAAGCAGCCUCGAUGGACCAGGAGGAGUUACCACUAGCCGAUUUAAUCAAUAAUAUCGACUGGCAGGCGUUCGAGGCUGCAAUGGCUCGCAAUGAAAUUGAUUGGAUUGAGCCGGCCCACGAUGUGCCGGCCCCCGAGGGACGCAAUACUGAUUCUGGAGGAGCCUCGAUGGACCAGGACGAGUUGCCAUUGCCUGUCCACAUCAGUGAAGAGGACUGGCAGAGGUUUGAGGCUGCAGUUGCUGGCAUGAACAAUGACCCGCUUAAGGCAGCCUCCGAUGCUCCAGUGGGUGAUGGAGUCAAUGAUGGCUUUGGUGAAGCCUCGAUGUCCAAGGAGAUGCCACUGGCUGAUCUCAUCAGUGAUGAGGACUGGGAGAUGUUUGAGGCUGCAGUUGCUGGCAUGAACAAUGAUCCGGUUAAGGCAGCCUCCGACGCUCCAGUGGGCGAUGGAGUCAAUGAUGGCGCUGAUGAAGCCUCGAUGUCCAAGGAGAUGCCACUGGCUGAUCUCAUCAGUGAUGAGGACUGGGAGAUGUUUGAGGCUGCAGUUGCUAGCAUGGAGAAUGAUUCGGUUCAAGUGGCAUCUAGCGUGCCGGCAGUCAAUGGAGUUGACACUGGUGUCGGAGGAGCCUCAAUGCCCCAGAACGAGCUGCCAGUGCCUGAUCUUAUCAGUGACCAGGACUCGCUGAUGUUUGAAGGCGCAGUGGCUCAAAAGGAGAAUGAUCCGGUGGAAGCGGCGUCCAGCGUGCCGGCAGGCAAUGGACCUGACACUGGUGUUGGAGGAGCCUCGAUACACAACGUCGAGUGGCCACAGGACGAUUCAAUUUGGUGUAAGCCUGACGACUUCGGAGAUCCCGGUUCGUGGGACAUGCCAUUUUCAGUCGAUCCCAACUGGUUCAAGGAUCCCAGCGACCCUGAGUGGGCCGGCCAUUUCAUCUUAGACGGUUCCUACACGGAUCCCGAUGCCGAAGACUCAGUCGCCAGCAUCGUCUCCAGAGGACAACAACUGAAGAAGGAAACCGAAACCACCACUACUCUACCAACACUUAUACGAAUUACAGGCGCACCGUCUUACGAUUUUGUCACGACACAAGAGACAGCAUUCUUCACGAGCAUCAAAAGCUGCGAAAGCGAUACAAAUUGGGCCUUUGUAUAA